AUGGGGUGUAAGAAAACGACGGAAGCCGUCGAGCUUUUCCAGAACUUCCACCACAUCUCCAGCGAACAAGCGGUAGUGGACUCCAAGAUGUGGGACAAACUGUCCGACGAGGUCAAGAUGAAAGAUGAGAAGGAAGCAAAGAAGAGGGAAGACCGGCGGAAGGAUCAGAAGAAUCGCGAGCAGGAGAAGCUGCAGCGAAAGGAGCAUCGGAACCUCGAAAGCUCCAAUAUGUACAAGAACAUGAUGGAUGCCUGCCAGAUCAACCUUGGCAGCGUGUCCGGCGAUGCCCUCGGUAGGCUUAUCCGAUGUCAACUUGAUGGGCCCUCCCUCUUUGGCUUGAGCGAGGCUGAGCAGGAGAGACGUUUGGCAGAGGCCAAGAAGCACGUCAAGGAGCUGGAGUCCCAGGUGGUGAUCAAAAGCCCUGAAGAGCUCAAGGCUUCCGCCAAAGACUUCCGGGACCAGAAUGCUUGCACGCUCUACGACGAGACAACGCAGACGUACAAGUACAGGUCUUGCUGUGGAACGAAGGUGUCCGACCUGGGCGUCUACGGGGUCGGAGUUGCCCUUUACUUCCAGUUCAUUCGGCAGAUGGGCGUUGUUUUCCUUCUGUGUGCCAUUGUCUUGGGCCCAAAUCUGGCCUUCAACAUAAUGGGCAACAUGGUGAACGAGAACAGUGCCCUCUACAAAUACCUGGGAAUGACCACGAUCGGAAACCUGGGUGCGUGCGAGGGUGCCCUUUGCGAGACGGAUGAGGACUUGCGCAAUCGCUGCCUCAUCGACGAGUUUCCUUGUGAGACGAUGCUGAAG